AUGGCCGCUCAACUCCAACAGCUCCAGCAGAAGGCGGAAUACUUUGUCGCUCAGAUCGACAAGGAGCUCUCCAGGUACCCCGCUCUCAAAAAGUUUGAGCAGACCGUCCCUAUCCCCAAGGCUUACGCUGCUCUUGGUGCUUUCGGUAUCUUCACUCUCGUGAGUAGCUCAAAAUCUGCCGCUGGCUUCUUGACCAACCUCAUCGGCUUCUUCAUCCCCGCCUACUUCUCCCUCAAGGCUCUUGAGAGCCCCCAGCCUCAGGAUGACAUCCAGUGGCUCACCUACUGGGUUGUUUUCGGCAUGUUCACUUUCCUCGAGACCUUCUCCAGCAUCGUCCUCUACUACGUUCCCUGGUACUACACCAUAAAGACCCUUGCCAUUGUCUGGCUCAUGCUCCCCCAGACCCAGGGUGCCAAGAUGGUCUACAGCAAGGUCAUCCGCCCCGCUUUCCUCACCACCCAGAAGACCGUUCACCAGGCCAACGCCAGCACCCCUGCUGCUCCCGCCGAGACCCACUAA